GUUCCUAAAAAAUUGAUAAAAUAAUUCUUUCACUUAUUGAAAAUAAUAUUAAUUUUUACAAAGAGAUCAAAAUCAGUGUGUUUUUAUCUUUCAUACCGAUAAAAAGACCGUUUUUCAAAACAGUUUCAACAGUUUUUCAUUCACAUUCAUACUAAAAAUGACACUUUUAUUAUUUCUUAUUUUUGGUUUAUUAUUAAUUUCAUCUAAUGCAAGAGAUCUAGAAAAAAAAUCAUUAAAUCCCCGGAUCAUCAAUGGAAGAAAAGCAUUACCUGGCGAACUGCCAUACCAAGUAUCACUCCAAACUACAAGCAACUUUCCCUUUUGCGGUGGAUCCAUAUUAAACGAAAACUAUGUAUUAACAGCUGCACAUUGUGUUGUAGGCCAUAAUUCAAUUACAAUGAAAGUAGUUGCUGGAACAAUAGAUCUUUUGCAACCAAAAUCAACUUAUUUGGUUGAUAAAAUAAUAAGUCACAUUGAAUAUGAUCCAUCACGUUCUUGGAAAAAUGAUAUUGCUCUUAUUAAAGUAAAAACACCAUUUAUAAUGAGCAAUGAAAUUCAAAAGAUUGCUCUUCCAAAAUUGGAUACGAUUGUUAGAGAAAAUGAAAAAGCUCUUGUUUCCGGAUGGGGACGCAUUUGGUUAGGAGGUCCUUCUUCCAACAAUUUGCAAUUAGUUAACAUUUCAAUUGCCAGUCAAACAGUAUGUAACAAUAUUUAUCAACCUUUGGGUUUUGAUAUUUACAAUACACAAAUUUGUGCAUAUGAUACACAACUAAAGAAAGGAGCUUGCCACGGUGAUUCUGGUGGUCCAUUAACAGUUAAUGGAUCAUUACAAGUGGGAAUUGUUUCGUGGUCAAAAGGUUGUGCUCAAAUCGACUAUCCUUCGGUUUAUACAAGAGUAUCUAAAUUUUUAAAUUGGAUCGAAAAAAAUGCCAUCUAAUUUUGUUCAAACAUUUUUUUACUUAUAAACAAUAAUUAUUGUAUAAAUUUAAUAAAUUAUUUCUUUUGUGAAUUGAAUAAAAAAAGAAAGAAAGGAAUAAACAUAUUUUUAUUUCA